AUGGAAUUCAGAUACAGAGCCGUCGACAGUGAUCGGCCACCUCCUACGACUGAGACGGCACCAUCUCAGUCGCUAAACCCGAACUUUUCUUUCCUCUCGUCGCGACCAAUCCCAGGCUGCAACAGUGAAGAUCAUGUUCAAAAAGCUAUUCAGCGGGAAAUUGAAAAGGAACAAAUCCGUCAAGAGAUCAUCGCUGCAGAGACAGCGAGAAGAAGAGAGCUUAUAGCCGAGGUUGUACAAGAGAUGGCUAUCGAGAGAGAAAUGGCGAUAAGAAGAGUCACAGAGACGACCAAAGGAAUCUCUCUAGAGGAAAAGCUAACAAUGUUGAUCAACCAAAAGAAGCUUGCAAAUCAGAAUCAGAACAACAACAUUUUGUUCGGACAGAAGUGUACUUGCAAUGAUCCUAUGAUGUACACAAGCCCUUACAGUCUAGUUACAUCACCAAUGACACAAUUCCCUCCACUCCAGACUAAUGGAGCUACGGAAACACCAGUUUUGGAUUCUAACAAGGAAAAAAUUGUAUUGGAUAGGCCUGAUCUUAUAGGAGCAAAGCGUAAAGAAGAUGUUGUUGGUCUACCAGAGAAAGAAUCUUUUCAAAGGAAAAAGCUCAAAUCAGAAGAGAGAGCCAUGGAAAUGAAAGAUGCGUCUGUAGAAACCGGAGAAAUAGUCUCUUCGAAGGAACUUGAUAAUGGAAAGCAAGUAGGAAGCAAGCCUAAACGUAAGUAUAAGUUUUGGUGCGAUGUAUGUAGUGUUGGGGCCUUUUCUCAAACAGUCAUGAGGAAUCAUGAGUUAGGAAAAAAGCAUAAGGCUGCGAUUGAAAAGCAAGAAGAGCCACCUGAGACGGCUGCUUCAACAAGUGAGAAUGUGAAGGGUCAAAAAGUUGGGUCGAAAGAAACGGGAAAGAAGACAGAAGGUGAAGAGAAAAAGUUGGUAAUCAUUCGGUGCGAAACUUGUAAUAUCCUGACGAAUUCUGAGAAGAUGAUGGAGAGUCAUAAGCUUGGGAAAAAACACAAGGCUAAGCUUGAGAAAAAGCUUAAUAAGCCUCAAGGCACCGAUUUAGAUACAAAUGUCAUUGAAGUCCCAGUGAGGUCUUUAAAUGCUGAUCAAUGA